AUGUCGUGUAGUAAGGGUUGUUGUGUUGAGAAAAAAGGAAAGUAUGAAGAGGCAUUUGCACCUCUAGAUGAUUUUGCUAAAACGGUCGAAAAUUUCACAGAAGAGAUUAAUGCAAAAAUGUUGAAGAUGUUGGAGGGUAUACAGCGAAUAGAGAAUUCCCUUUACGAAUGUUUGAAAGCUGUAGAAGAAAGGUAAUUAAACUAUUUUAUCGAUAUGCCCAAAUAUAGUUUAAUAAUAAAUAUGUUUAAAAUACGCGAUGCAUUUGUGGACAUUGUUGUAUAUCUUUGGUCGACGUAAUGCCACGAACUACUUGUUCUUCAGAUGCUUGUACGACCCCUCUAAUGUAUCCCGGGGUUAGAAGAGCUUAUUUUAUGAAUUAUACACCAAAUAUUUAUAAUGUUUGCUAUAAUGCUACUGACCAACACAGUCAUGAGGGGAUAGCGGGUAAAAUAACAAAGCAGUUGUUUAUCGUGAUUCCCGGUACAAAAUUUACUAGUUGGGGUCUACUUAAUCCUGGCGAAUGUAUUCGUGUUGCAGGGUAAGAAAAAAUUUUAUUGUGUAAUUUUUUAAAUUUUAUUGGAAAUUUAUUUUAAUUUUUCUAUUUUAUAGACCUGCUGACCCAGUUGAUAAGACGACUGAAGUUAUUGUAAAGGUUUCCGAGGAAGAAUAUAAAAAGGCAAAGGAGUAUUCGGGGGAGACAGUAGCUGUUUGUGAAAUGUGUAUUAAGAAAGUUGAAAAAGAACUCUAUGUCGCGCACAACUGA